AGCCCCUUAACAAAUACUUGCCUUCCGUCUCAACUCGCAAAGGGCACUUGCUUCUUCAAUAGAUACCAGCCUCCUCAAUAGGUUUGCCUUCUCAAUAGGUACUUGCCUUCUCCAUCGCACUUGCCUUCCAUAUAAAUACGUUUUCUACCCCUCCACUUCGUCCCUCUUUUCCUUCCUUCUCACAUACUGUCAUCUUUCCCUUGCCUCAAACCAGAACGAAAUCGCAAAUUCGCAACCAUGUCCGAUUUCCCCACCUACAUCAAGCCUUUCAACAAGAAUGCGUACCGCAGCGCUGCUGCUUACAAGUCGCAUCUCGAGACUCAGCGCACGAAAGCAUCACCCAUUCCUCACCAUGCGCCCCGCACAAUUACCUGUCCAACCCUACCUCCAACACUUCGUAUGGUCCCCCGAUACAGGGCCCCGCGCGCACUGCAAUCGCCCAAAAUAAUGACCGACGAAGAAGUCAGGGCUUGGUUCAGGGAAGCCGAGGAAGAGUAUGAAGCCAAGAAGAAGGCCGGUUACUACGACGGCUACGUCCCUGCCGCUGGUCCCAGCCGCGGCGUCCUGGCUGAUACUACCAAUGCGCUGUCGAAAAGAAGGACGGGAAUGGAGAACUCAAUGCACGCGCCCAAGAAACAGUCGAUCAUCUUGAACCCAGCUGCUAGACCCUACCGCGCCGUCCUGGCCAACCCCACCAAUUCGCUGCCGAAGAGAAAGACGGGACUGGAGACGUCCAUGCAUGCGCCGAAGAACUUCAAGUUGUCCAUCGUCACGAACUGAGCCGACCCAUUGCUAGGUGUAGGCACGAUUCUGGUCCUCGAACCACAAAUGAAUGGCG